UUAUACUACAUUAUAGUUGAUAAUUUGAUAUAUACAGUAUACUACAAGCAAGAAAAUGGGCAUCACAAAGACUUCAGUGACCUUUUUACUUUUGAUAGUAUUGGCAACUUCUUUGUCGAGUUACAAUAUCUUGGCUUCAGAGAUCAAACCAACAGGAAGAAUCGAUGAUAUGUGCCCGACUACUUGUUCGGCAACGUACGGAAAUGGUAAAUGUAAGGUAGACUGUAAGAAGGCUGGGUUCUCAUCCGGACAAUGUGCUACUUCUGAUAUUUUCAAAAAUAAAUGUUGUUGCACCAUGUGAUCAUAGAAACCAAUAUUAAUCUUUGCAGUUAGCAUUGAUAAUAUGUUUUUUUUUUUUGCCAUG